AUGAACUAUAGUUAUGAAGGCUGCUUUUGGGACCCGAACGAGAAUGGGGUGAACAUUGUUCUGAGCCACAUCGCCCAAGGAAUCAAGUCGUGUGAUUCGAUGAUACACUUUUUCAAACAGCGUAGUGAGCUGGAGAAGGAUUAUGCAAGACGGUUGGGAGCCAUCACUGGGAAACUAGACAAGGACAUGGGAACGAACCUGGAGUAUGGGAAGCUGAACGAUGCGUUCAGUGUGGUGCUCAAUGCUGAGAAGUCUAGGGCCCAAUCGCAUUCCAAGCAAAGUGAAGUUCUUUUCAGGCAGAUUUACACGGACACGAAGGCAUUCGCUGCUAACCUGCAAGCAAGGUACACUACUCUAAGUGGUAAGAUCGAAAGAUUACGGAUGGACAAGUUUAGCAAAAAGAAAGGCUGUGAAGUGCUGCAGAAGAAGUUACAGGAUGCCCAGAUCAGGGCCAGAGACUUACAAUUGAAUGAAAACAACAUGAUUGGGGCCAAGAGGGCCGAACACAACAAGAGAGAACUGUUGAAAUGGGAGUCGAAUUCCCAAGAAUACAAGAUCCAACUGGAUGUCCUGAAACAGGAAUUCAAGGCUUCGCAAAAAUUUUGGAUACACGAGUGGGCACAACUAUCUUGCGAACUACAAGAGAUGGAGAAUGCCAGAAUCUCCUUCUUGCAAUCGAAAUUACAACAGUUCGCCACUUCAUCCAUGGAAACGUGCAUUUUAGAACAAACAAAGAUGGACAUGUUAACCACACACCUGAAUUCAUUUACAGCUGCAGACGAUAUAUCAACGUUCUCGAAAGAAAAUGGGACCGGUAGAUUGAAACAUAAAAACUCCAAGGACGAUAUGGCUUCCAGUGCCAACUGGGCUCAAAUGAGCAACCUGUCCACAACAAGUAAGAAGGGUGAGUCAUAUAUGGAUAAUAUAAGGAAACUUUCGUCUCAACUAAAGGAAACGGAAAAUAAAAGAAAACUAGCUUCCAUAAGCAAACCGUUGCCAUCUCCAGAAGUGACAAUGGCAAGACAGUUCAGAAACUCCACUCCUGUCAUACGCAGUGAGAGCAAAGCUGUGGCGGACCCCACACUAUUCUUACAGUCUUCGCCUAUUCGAAUACAAAGCACCGUGGAAGAACCCACAAGAAGAAGUGAGCCUGUGAUAUCAACAGCGGUUGACCAUACUGAGCAAUUGAAAAGGGAUGACAACACGAGACCUUCUGGAGAUGACUGUCCAAAGGCACACCAAAGAGAUAGAUCGAUAACGUCACCAUCAGAAUCAAGCUCCUCUAAUCCAACAGAUUUUAGUCACAUCAAAAAGAGACAAAGUAUGGAAUCCAUGACCACAUCAGUGAGUUCCAUGGCUAAUAGCAUUGACGACUCGCAAAGGUUUGCCAAGUCCUGGAACUCAACUAAUAGGAAGAGGAAAUCAAUGAGCCAUUUGCAAGUGCCCACAUACACUUCGAGGUCCGACAGUGAAGAAAGAACGUCUAGUUUCGAAAAUAAUCGUGACGGACCUGAUUACAACAUAACAAGAGACGCCAGUGCAAGUACGAUUCUUUUCAAACCCCCCGUAUCACAGAGAGGGAUGUCUAAGGGACAUACCCAUAGAAAAUCCAUGAUAUUGCAAGGCUCAAGUAAUCCGAUCGAAGAUGCAUUAUACGAAAUGGAAAGGAUCCAAAGUAGCUCUAAGCCGGGCGGGAAAACAGGAAACGUUAUGACCGAAAGAGGCAUGGUAAGAGAUAACGGCAUCACUGUUACAUUGCCUAUCGUUACUAGUGAAGGCUUCCCAGUUAUUGAAUAUGCCAAGGCCAUGUAUCCGUUAGUUGGAAACGAGGCACCAGGGCUGGCCAAUUUCCACAAAGGCGAUUACAUAUUAAUCACUGAGAUCGUUAAUAAAGACUGGUUUAAGGGUGAGGUCUACAAUAAUGACCGAAUUGAAAGAGAUCACAGAGUAGGGUUGAUUCCUUACAACUUUAUACAACUGCUACAUCAGGGACCUUAA